ACAAUGGGCGAUCAAAGAAGGGGAGGGGGAGGGGGAGGAAGAGGAUGGCGCUAGACGAGGCUGGAACCCAGCGGUGUGGCGCUCUCUCUGCGCUCGAUUAGUGAUCCUAGAAGGAGACUUAGCCAGCCGCCGGAGCCAGGGGCGGGGAGGGACACCGAGUGGUGGCGGCGGGUACGGGAGUCGCCGCCGCCGCUGCAGCUGCUGCUGCCUCCUCCUCCUCCUCCUCCCCCCUCCCCCUUCUCCCGCGCCUCGCGAGCAAAGUGUGCGAGAGUGAGUACGAGUGUGAGUGAGCGAGCCCGUUGCGCAGCUUGCUCUGCGCACAAGCACCACCAGCGGCGGCGGGGGGGCGGCAGAGGCACCAGCACCACACGGGCAUUUAGGGAGAGGACCGAGACACAUACAGAUAGAGAAGAAGCAGCAGGAGGAGGAAGAGGAGGAGAAGAAGGGGUGGGAGAGGAGGAGGAGGAGAGGCCAUACCAGACACCAACUGAGACAAAAGUAUCUCCAAACCAGCACCCAACUCCACCUUGGGAGGCAGGCGGCCAGGCGGGCGCCUCAGCAUGGCUUCCGAGGAACUCUACGAGGUAGAGAGAAUUGUUGAUAAAAGAAAAAACAAGAAGGGGAAAACAGAAUACUUAGUUCGAUGGAAAGGCUAUGAAAGUGAGGAUGACACAUGGGAACCUGAACAGCACCUUGUGAAUUGUGAGGAAUACAUACAUGAAUUCAAUAGACAUCACAGUGAAAAGCAAAAAGAAGGCACAUUAACAAGGACAAACAGGACAUCUCCAAAUAAUGCAAGAAAACAGAUUUCUAGAUCUACAAAUAGUUCUUUUUCAAAGACUUCCAAGUCCUUAGUUAUUGGAAAGGACCCUGAAUCAAAAAACCAGUUGUUUGCUGCCCAGAAGUUUCGGAAGAACAACACCCCGCUCUCUGGUAGAAAAAACAUGGACCUUUCAAAGUCAGGUAUCAAAAUACUUGUGCCCAAAAGUCCUAUUAAGAGUCGGACAGCUGUGGAUGGCUUUCAAAAUGAAAGUCCUGACAAGAUGGACCGCAUAGAACAGGAUCAGGAAGAUUCUGUAGCACCGGAAGUGGCAGCAGAAAAACCAGUUGGAGCUUUAUUAGGACCUGGUGAAGAACGUGCUAGGAUGGGGAGUAGGCCAAGAAUGCACUCAUUAGUGCCACAGUUACCAGUGCCAGUAACAGCUACCAUCGCAUCAACAUUAACAAUAAAUGGAAAAGGUACAUCUACCUUUAUUGAAGCAUUGACAACCAAUGGUACCAACAUACAGACAUCAGUAACAGGAGUAGCAGCAAGCAAACGAAAAUUUAUUGAUGAAAGGAGGGACCAGCCUUUUGAUAAAAGGCUACGAUUCAGUGUGAGGCAAACGGAAAGUGCUUACCGGUACAGAGACAUUGUUGUCAGGAAACAAGAUGGCUUCACACACAUUUUAUUAUCAACAAAAUCAUCGGACAACAAUUCAUUAAAUCCAGAGGUAAUGAAAGAAGUUCAAAGUGCACUGAACACAGCAGCAGCUGAUGACAGUAAACUUGUACUCCUUAGUGCAGUUGGCAGUGUUUUCUGCUGUGGCCUUGACUUCAUUUAUUUUAUUCGACGCUUGACAGAUGAUAGAAAAAGGGAAAGUACAAAAAUGGCAGAUGCUAUUAGGAAUUUUGUAAAUACUUUCAUUCAGUUUAAGAAGCCUAUCAUUGUAGCAGUAAAUGGCCCAGCCAUUGGACUUGGAGCAUCUAUAUUACCUCUGUGUGAUGUUGUUUGGGCUAAUGAGAAGGCAUGGUUUCAGACUCCAUAUACGACAUUUGGGCAAAGUCCUGAUGGAUGUUCAUCCCUCACAUUCCCAAGAAUAAUGGGCCUGGCAUCUGCAAAUGAAAUGUUAUUUAGUGGACGGAAGCUGACUGCACAAGAAGCAUGUGCAAAAGGAUUGGUAUCCCAAGUGUUUUGGCCAGGAACAUUCACACAGGAAGUCAUGGUUCGCAUUAAGGAACUCGUCACAUGUAAUUCAGUUGUACUUGAAGAAUCCAAAGGUUUAGUUCGUAGUAUUAUGAAGGUGGGCUUGGAACAAGCAAAUGACAAGGAGUGUGAAGUUUUAAAGAAAAUUUGGGGUUCUGCUCAAGGGAUGGACUCAAUGCUAAAAUACUUGCAGAAGAAGAUUGAUGAAUUUUGAAGAGAUGUGCAGUGACACUGGAAUUUUAUUUACUUGGACAUCUGGGUUUCAUGGAUGCCCUAAAUGAAUUUAAAAAUUUAAAAUAAAACUUGGCCCCCUGUUGAGAUAGCAUGGGAUUAAAACUUGGAAGAACGCGGUUUUAUUGUUAAGGGUUUUUUUAAAAAAAAGAAGUACUGUAUGUUAAGCAUUGAACAAAUUUCCUUUCUCCAUAUAUAGAUAUAAAUAUAUAUAUUAUAUUUCUUUAUAUACACAAACUAAAAAAAUAUAAUGGAGUGCACUACCAAACCUUUGUCUUCUACUUUGUUAUCAUUGGCUAGUACUGUAUCAAAAGAAAAUAGUGGAUAAAAUGAGGCGUUGCAUUAUUUUGUAUGUGGCACGAAGGUCCUGAAGCAAUGAAAUAUUUUUUCAGUAGAGUACAGAAUUAAAACGGGUAUUGGCCAGCCCUUACUUUCACUGCCCAAAAAGUCAGUUAAGAAGAGGCAUUGCCUUGAAUUCUGAGGAAGAUUUUUAAAAUACCUCAAGUAAUGAUGCAUUCUAAAAAUCAGUUAUUUUUUUUAAAAAAAAUAAAACCCUGCAAUGAAAAGGCAUAUUUUCUCUCUCUUUUCCCCCACCCCCUACCCCAAAAUGAGUGUGCUCAGGAUUUAUGCUAUAAAAACACUCAGCCCUUCCCAAUUUGGGGAGCAUGCCCAGUUCUUACCCAGAUAUCAUGAAGAAGCCGGUGUCUUGUCACAAAAAAAGCUUCAUUUUGCAGUAUUAGUGAAUCACUGAAAUACCAUACAUACUAUGGGCAUCUUAAAUUAUAGCUUAGUCUUAGUUCUUGAAAAAACAUAGGUUUCUUGAAUUAUUUUAACAACAUAAUUGCUUCUGUUGCUGGGUGAGAAAACUAUAUACAGGUUUUUUGUGGGGUUUUUGUUUGUUUGCUGGUUUUAAUUAAUGGAUUACACCAAAAAUGUGUAUUAUGUUCAAUUUGUUAGCUUCACUUAGAAUAUAUUUUAUUUAAUAAGUUAAAAUUCUUUUGGCACACUAUUAAAUAUUCCUUUAAAAAGCAACUACCUUAUAUUAGAUAUUUCCAUGUCUUUUGUCAAUGCUUUUUAAUUUUAAGUAUACACUAUGGCCCUGAUCCAGAGAACUUUCCAUGAAGCAACAAUCUGUAUUCAUUCUGCAGUAAAUGAGGAUUCCCACUAUAAAACAGAUAAUUAGCACUGUUUGCUAGUUGCCUUUUGAAAUGCAUACUUAGAAUAAAAGGCAUCACCCAUCUGUUUGGCAAUGCAUACUUGAUGCAGGAGUUCCUACCACACACACAACCCCAGGUGCUGGAUGCAAAUUUCCUCCCACCACCACCUUGCCUG